AUGAGCGGUACAGAUAAUAAACAUGAAUCGAUACCUAUCGAGAAACCCUUUAUCCCCAAGUAUCUGCAAAAUAGUUCUUUGGAUAUUUAUAACAGAACGGCAGAAAAACCUAUAUUAUUGCCUAGCAGAUGGAAUUUUGCGGAUCGUGGGGAAGGUGUAAGUGUGGAGAGAAAUCAAUUAGGGAUAGGAUAUAUAGGAACUGGAAUGCUCGCAGCUAUAAGAUCAGACCACCCAAUCAUUCGAGAAACCGGAAUUUUUUACUACGAAGUUGACAUCAUAGAUAGUGGUCCUAGGAG